UCUUAUAUGGAUAAACAUAAACAAACGCCAACAAAACAAACAAAAUAUAAAAAUGUCUGAGACAUUUCGCUGUCGGACUUGUGGGAAACGAACUCAUCGACAUAAAUUGAAACAAUUAUUUGAUGACGACGAUAUUCUGCAGAAAAUAAAGAUUCUUACUGGUAUUUGGCUAACAAAAGAAUUAAAUGUACCUAGUAUAAUUUGCUCAAAUUGCUUAACUAACUUAAAUAAUGCCAUUGAAUUUCGAACCCGCUGCAUAAAAAGUAAUCGGCUAUAUCUGAAGAGAGGCUGUUCUUUCAAAGGAAAUUUAGAGGACAAUAUUGAUGAUCCUUUGGCUAAUGAGGGCAUGAAAAUUGAGCUGGAGGACAAAGUAGAUGCAAUUGAAGUGGAGUUUAAUCAAAAUUUGCCCUACAAAGUAGUUACAUCGCAAAUACACUCACCAAGGGUUUGCUUUUGCGAUUUAUGUGGUGGAAGUUUCGUGGAUGAAGCGAGUUUAAGUCAACAUCGUCAGCAUCACUGCAGUUUAAAGGACGAGGAUGAACAGAGUGAUAGUAAUUUAAAUAAAACUGAGCCGAUUUUAUAUUCUAACCACUUGUUGCUAGAUGACACUUCAAACCAGAGUCGCCAUAAUUCGUUAACUUCUAAAAAGAUUAAAAAGCCAAGGGAUUUCUUUUGUGAUCAUUGCGGAAGACAUUUUAAUGACAAUGCCAACUUCAACCGUCACGUUCAGCGACAUUUAGGUGUUAAACGAUAUACUUGUGAGGAAUGCGAUUAUAAAGAUUAUUCGAAGCAUUUGGUUAAUUUACACACACGCAUUCAGCAUCGAGGAGAGCAGCCAUAUGCCUGUAAAUAUUGUGGCAAACGUUUUGUAAAUAGUAUGGCACGAUUACGGCAUCAAAGAUCCCAUGUCGAGCAUGUAGAGACUGAAACCAAGAUGGUGACGUACACUUGUACCUUAUGUGGUAAACAUUUCGUAAAUAAAAGUACUUUGGAUAAACAUGCCAUUGUGCACACCGGUGAACAACCAUUCUACUGUGAAAUUUGUUGCAUUUACUUCAAUCGAAAGUCAAGCUUACAAACACAUUAUCGCUCUAAGACUCAUCAAAAGAAAGCAACGUCUAAGUUGGAUGAAACUGGUGUUGACUCUGAUUAAGCAAAUAUCUAUAUAUAUUAUAUAGAUUUACACAAAAUAAAAUUUGAAAAUAACCGCUUAA